AAACCAGUAAAGGAUAUGAUUCUUUCAUCACUUUUACAAAAUAUACAGGAAAAAUGUGAAAAAUUUGUAGCUAGCUUUAUUAAGAGUGAUAUAAACAUUUUAUCACAAAAACUUUCAUAUAAUAAGGAAUGUACUUAUGUAACUAACAUAAUUAUAUCUGCUAUUUGGGCUACAUUAAAAGGUCUUCCUUUAGAAAGGUCAUUUUAUGUUAGCAC